AUGGCGGAAUUGACUCGAACAUUGCCGGCGUCGUGGUAUUGCAGUUCGCCUUUAUAUCAGCUGGAGAGACGGGCUGUUUUUUUGAAGUCAUGGUAUUUACUCGGACCCGUUGUUCGAUUUCUUGAGGUGGGAGAGAAGGUCAGCUACGAAAUCGCACAGCAGCAGAUAUAUGCAGUGCGAGAGUCUGCAACAACUGAAUUUCCAGGCCCAAAGGACCUGAAAGUAUUCGAUGCCAGCACGGGCGCCGAACUACCAAGCCAUGUGACGCCGACAGGAUUGUUGUUUGCAACGCUGUCUUCUUCAGCACCAUCGUUUCAUGAAUUCUUUGGGGACCUUGAACAGCUACUAGCUAGAGUUGAUUUCACAAAGCGUCCCUAUCGACGAAGCAUUCGAUACGAGGGAAACUUCAACUGGAAAACCAUGGUUGACGGAUAUCAGGAAUGUCUGCAUUGCCAGUAUACACACCCAUCUUUCAGUGUCUACUACCCUCCUACUUUCUACACAGUUUAUAAUCACCAGAACUUCUCUCAACAUGUUGCCGACCCAAAGAAGCCGGAUGACGGCUUAUUCUUAUACUUCUUCCCGACUUGUACUUUGAACGUCUACGGCGGCGGUAUGAGUUCGUUCAGGGUUUGUCCAACCGAGAACCCCGGUGUUACUAGGAUGGAGUUUGAUUACUACCAUAUUGAGGAAGGCGAUAAGUUUGAGGACUACUUCAAGUUCACCAGGCAGGUAGCCAUUGAAGAUUUCGAAUUGUGCGAGAAGGCGCAAACCAAUUUGGAGAGAGGCGUGUACGGGGAGGGUAUCCUGAACCCAGAGAAGGAGAGUGGGGUUGCUUACUACCAAGAAAGGGUGUUUGAACUCGUACAGCAGCAGUUCAAGGACGAGAGAUAUCUGAGUGACUCCCAAAACGAGAGACCGACAAUCACUUCGAGAGUCGUUGAAACAGAGGCAUGA